UGUGUGUUUUGUAUCAAAGGAAGUCAGAAGAGGGUGCAUCUCUGGAGCUGGAGUUACGGGUGGUUAGAAGCCACCAUGUUGGAGCCUGGAACUGAACCUAGGUUUUCUGUAAGAGCAACCAUGCUCUUAACAGCUUUGGUCCCCAGGGUCUUUCAACCUGCCCAACAGCACACGCUUUCCCAGUGCAGUUUCUGUUACACCAGGUUCCCUUCUCCCUCAGAGUGGAUCAGUGACUACGAAGAUUCAGUGCUCGACCCUGAGGCCCUGAGGGUGGAAGUGGACACUUUCAUGGAGGCCUACGACAAGAAGAUAGCUGAGGAGGAAACUAAGGCCAAGGAGGAGGAAGGAGUCCCUGAUGAGGAGGGCUGGGUGAAGGUGACUCGCCGGGGCCGUAGGCCUGUGCUCCCUAGAACAGAAGCGGCCAGCCUGCGCGUUCUUGAGAAGGAGAAAAGGAAGCGUGCCCGCAAGGAGCUGCUCAACUUCUAUGCCUGGCAGCACCGAGAGACCAAGAUGGAGCGUAAGUGACACCUGAGGGCACCC